CAGGCCGAGGACGAUUUUUUCUCCCAUGCUCGAAAGCUUGGCCUCGACAUUCGGGCGGGCCUCAUUCCAGACUGCGUGGUGGGGGAGUCACAAAGGUGGGCUAACAUGGCGGCCUUUUUUCUCUCCCUCUCAAACAUGGAAGCUCAUGUCAGCGACCUCAUAUCAGACCUCAAUCGCUCAGGAGUUACACUGUCCUGCAUAGUAGCCGACACUGCGCUCAGUUGGGCAGUGCCUCUUGCUAAACGACAUGCUCUCCUCUCCGUUUCCCUCUGGCCAAACUCUGUCACAAAUCUUUCCAUGUUUUAUUUUUUUCACUUGGUUGGGUUGCAAGGCUCCAUAGAUGAUAUUCCUGGUGUGUCUUCGUCACUACGGACGGAAUUUCUGGACGCGCUUCCCCCUCCAUCCCCUGUGAGGGAUAGGAUUGCAGAGAGUUUUAUAAAUGUGAGAGAAGCGGACUGGGUUGUUGUAAAUUCUUUCCACACCUUGGAUUGCAGAGCAGUGGAGGCCCUCCGGCACAAAACCCCUGUGCAGUGUGUGGGCCCCUUGAACAUGCCCUUUACCCACUGCGGACAUGGGAACAGCGCUUCACAAUGCACUCAAUGGUUGAAUUCGAAACCGGUGAGAUCGGUCAUCUACGUCUCCUUCGGCAGCUUUAUUAAUGUGGCGAGAACUCAGGUGGGGGAAAUUGCCGCGGGCCUUAUGCAGAGUGGAUACUGUUUUGUAUGGGCGCUUCGUCUGGAUGAAGAAGCGUCUCAUGUCUGGGAAAUGUUGCCGCCUGGAUUUUUGGAGGAAUGUAAAGAUCGGAGAUUAGUUGAGCCCUGGUUUAGACAGGAGGAGAUUCUUUCACAUCCUUCGGUGGGAGGGUUUUUUCAGUCACUGUGGAUGGAACGCUGUUAUGGAGAGCAUUUCUGCAGGUAUUCCCAUUUUGGGAUUUCCUCUUGGGAUCAAUUGCAAGCUCGCUGUGGAGGAAUGGAAGAUCGCGGUGAGGGGGAGGAGUAGAGACGAUGUAAAUAGGGUUAUUGCAGCACAGGAAAUUGCCGGCAAGGUGAAAAUGUUGAUGGAAGGCGAGGAGAGCGUGAAAUUAAGAGGAGCAGUCGAGAAAUUUAGAGAACUUGCCAAAGAGGAAGUUGUCGACGGAAUGUCUGCCAGUAAUUUGAAACUACUUGCCGAUAGGAUGAAAGCGGGCAAAUACCCAUGAAAGAAAGAACAGAACAUGAGGCUCUAAGUCGUGAGUAAUUGGUUUCCACUUAUAUGUCCAUUAUUUGUCGCUGUUAUGGCAGCCAUUACCGAAAUAGUAAACAGACUGACUGUAAUGAUUCAAUGUCAAAUAGCCAGGUUUGAAUAGAAGAGUACUCGGCCAAAAAGCUAAUCAUCAUUGUUGAAGUUGUUAGUCAAACUUUCUUUACU